AUGUACGACAGUAUAAAAAACUAUGCUCGAAUAGCUGACUCUGAGUGUAUUUGCUGUGAACAUCCCAAAGAAGAAAUUGUUUUUCAUGUUUUCAUUAAUAGAGAUAUAGCUAGUAAAGUGUGGAAAUUCUUUGGAGAACCAAUGGGCAUCAGUAUGCAGAAACAAAGUAUUCAAUCCAUGAUAAUGUCCUGGUGGAACUUUAACACUAAGAAUUCAAUGAUUAGAGUGAUUUGCCAAAGUUUACCUGUCUUUAUUUGUUGGGAACUUUGGAAAUUUUGGAGUUAUGUUAAAUAUGGUCAUAAGAGCUACUUUGUCAACAAGAUCUGCUAUGAGGUAACUCAACACCUCAAAGUUUUCAUGAACAAGAAAGCUUAUAAACUGGACCCAAAUUGCAACUGGAGAGGGAUAUGUAACUUAAUAGAGGCUUAUAAAACUAGACUAUCCAACAGACCUGUCAUCUGGGACAAGCCUCCACAUAGUGUUAUCAAGAUAAACAUUGAUGGGAGUAGUCUAGCUCAAUUUGGCAAAGCCGGAAUUGGGGGAAUUGCUACAGAUUCAAAUGGUGAUAUCAUUAUGGAUUUUGCCAAAUCUUUGCCAUAUUGCUCCAACAAUAGUGCAGAGAUCAAGGUAGCUUCUUUUGGAAUCAGCUGGAGGGAACACAAUGGUAUCAACAACUGCAUUUUAGAGGUGGACUCUAUGCUGGUUGUCAAAUGGUUAAAAGGAUCAUAUACAACCCCAUGGGAGUUUGCACAAGAAGUAGAGCAUAUGAAGAGGAUCAUUGAAAGAAGGCACAUCAAAAUUCAACAUUUUUUCAGGGAAGCAAACAUAGUAGCUGAUGCAUUGGCUAAAUUUGGUAGUAACUCUCAACAUAGUCUGAUAGCUAAUGUAUUCAAUUCUAUGCAGGAAAUGCCAAGUGAAGCUAGAGGAGCAGCAAGGAUGGAUAAAGCUCAAAUGGCAAAUUUCAAGAUCAGACAUUCAAGAUAA